AUGACUUCACCUGUGAGUGCCCAUUGCUGCCUUAGUGUACUGAUGUUAGUAUACUUACUCUUAAGAGGUUGGUCCACAGCAAUUGCAAGCAGCCAAGCUGUUCAAUGUGUCUGGCCGCAAGGCUUUGGUGACGGGCGGAGGCAGUGGGUGAGUGUCUUGAGCUUACGUCGAGACUGCAGGACCGAUGUGCUGCUUACAGGAAUAUGGUGUUCUGACAAAUUUAAUCACCGUGCAGACUGGGCGAAAUGAUGGCCACUGCCCUCUGCCAAGGUGGUGCUCAUGUGUAAGCUUCGGUGCCUGGGCUGGGCUUCGGGCUGAUCCCGAGCCCGCGAGCUCCGCGUGCAUUACCUACGAUAGAUGCGGGGCGACUACUACCACGUUACUAACAUUAGUCUCAGAACUCUACAGCUACAUCGCCAGUCGCAAGGAGGGCCAACUCAAGGCUGUAAGCUCUCCUGCCUAUCUUGCUGAUCUGCAAUGUGGGGCUGCCGCUGACGCUGUCUUGUGCCUUUCCCACUUGAACGAUUCCAGGUCGCGGAUCGAUUGACUAGGGAGGGACCGGGAAAGUGCGAAUACAUUAUCGCCGACGUUGGCUCCAAGGAAGGCUGCCUCAAGCUCGUUGCCGAGGUUGAGAAGCGAACCCCCGUUCUCCACAUCGUCAGUUCAAAUCGAGUUCGUCGCAGACUCUGCGAGGCGCAUCGCUCAAACCAAACCCAGCCCUUGAUCUGAGCAGCUCGUCAACAACUCCGGUACGACCUGGGGUGCUCCUUUCCUCGACUUCCCCGAAAAGGAAGGAUGGGACAGGAUCCUUGCGACCAAUGUCAAGGCGAUCUACUGGCUCUCGGCGCAUCUUUCGCCCUUGUUGGCCAAGGAAGCGACGGCGACCAUGCCCGGUCGCAUCGUCAACAUCACUUCGGUCGCGGGCCUAUCGCCCAUCGCCGAAGGUACUGGUCUGUCCGAUGCCAGCAUGGUCUUGCACUCUUACAACACCUCCAAAGCGGCUGCCAACUCCCUUACCCAAUCGCUCGCCGUUUCGCUCGGCCCCAAAUUCAUGUGAGCCUUCCUUAUCUUUAGCGGAGAUCUCUCGAGUGACUGACUGUAUUUUUAUCUCAUUCUGAUAUUAUCGUUUGCCCGAUCCUCGCAGCACCGUCAACGCCAUUGCGCCUGGUGUCUACCCCUCCAAGAUGACUGCGCACGGUCUGAAGAACGACAAGGACAACAUGCUUGCCGGUAGUCAACCUAUGGGCCGCAUCGGUAUGCCCGAGGACAUGGCAGGGCUCCUUCUGUUCCUCGUCAGUAGGGCAGGCUCACACACGAGCGGCGCCGUCAUUACGACCGAUGGUGGAGCGCUUAUCGCUGGCCGAGGCUACACCAAGGCUAGGCAGGAGGCGAGUAGCAAGUUGUGA